ACGCUCGCCAGCGGCCGGUGGCCGUGAUCAUCCUCGGUCGGGAAUCGGGAAUAUCAAAGCGUCUCUGCAUAUACACAGUAUGUCCUGCACACGGAAUGAACCCUACACAGCAUGAAGUGUAGCUAUCCACACACACAUAUACGCACGUCGGCCUGUCUGUAUGUGUCCAUCUCUCCCGUGUCCAUCCAUCCAUCCAUCCAUUCGCUCUUUCCCCCAGCUAUAGGUAGUUCCCUCUUUAUCAUCCUCUCGUCUGCCUGUCUGCCCCACUAUCACAUCGGAUGACGCGCCAACAAGCCAUGACGGUACCUGACAGAAGAAACCACACACAGACAUGGACGCAAGCAACGGAUGAAUGAAUAGCCGACAGACCGCCCCGUGUGUUUGUGAGAGAGCCCUCUCACCUUUAGAGUUUGCUCAAGGUCGGAAACGGUGCUUGGCCGCCUUCUCCUUCUGCUUUGCCAGCUUCUCCCGCUUGGCCAGUGCCUCCGCCCUCUGCUGCUGGUGGCGAGCCGACAGGCAGGUCGCCACUCGGGGCACACUCGCGGCGGGCUUGGUUGGGGACGACGUGGUGGGAGUGGGCUUGGCGUCCUCGACCUCGUCCUUGGUGUGGGUGUUAUCCUCCUCCUUCUUCUCCUCCUCCUUGCUAGCAUCUCCGGUGACGAGCUUGGUGGCAGCCAUCUUGGUCUUACCCUCGGCCGCAGUCUUGGCAUCCGACUGGGCGGCCGCAGCAGCCUCCUCCUUCGCCUUCUUGCUCGCGGCAUCCUCGGCCGCCUUCUUCUCCUUUGCCUUCUCACUCUGCACAAGGAAGCAGACGGGCACAUCCAGGCAAAGAGAAUGAAUGAAUGACGCGUCCGUCUGUUGUCGAGCGUCGUCUGGUCCGUCAGUUCAUUACCAUCACGUACUGCAUGGCCAACUCGUGGGGUUUGGGGAGCUUGAUCUUCUGAUGGACAGACGACACACACCGGACAGAGAGUGAGAGGUGUGGUGUGUUGCUCAAGGGCCCAUUCAGCGAGUGGACUCUGCUUACGAAGGAGACGAGUUUCCAGACAGGCAACGAGUUCCGCCACUCCACAUGGGCCCGGGCCACCUCAUACGCCUCCUUGAGCUUAUGAAACGCCGCGAGAGAGCCGCCCUCCUUGUCUGGGUGGCACUCCUGCACGCACAACACACAUGAUUCAUUGCAUGCCAGCGAGCAUCGAAUGAACUGCAUCCUUCCGCCAACGUGAACCGUCCUCAUUCGUUAAUGUGCUGACCUGCGCGCGCUGCAGGAACCGUGCCCUCACGUGUGCGGGCGUGGUGGGCAGGCGAAGGUCCAGCGCAGCGAGGGCAUCGGCGGGCGAGAGGCUGGACAUCGCGGCUUGCUACGCCAAGGGAGUGGACAACCUCACCGGCUCGACUUGCUACGGCUCAGCCUGCAUCCGCCCUCCUGGC